AAACGAGGAAAGAAAUAGAUUACGUUAGAUACGCAAUAUUUAUCAAAAAUGUGAUGGACGUGCAGAUUUUGAUUAUGACAUAUCGUUUGUUUCGAAUUACAUAAUCAACCAUCUGUGCAUACAUAAAAAGUUCAUCUACUUCUCUAUCGACUCUUCGUGCGUACAGUUUAAGCUUCAUUUUGAUUGCAUUGAACUUUUCGUAUGCACGUUACGCCGUGGAAAUAUUAUCAAUGGAUCACAAAUGCACUUUCUUUACAGACAAAGACCACGUUGGAACUAUUUGUCUGUCGAGUUUUGUCGUCGGAAUGGUUAUAAGUCUGACCGUGGGUCUGAAGUUUUUGCACCACAAACAGAAGGAGAGGGAAUACGAAAGUGUUCAGAGUCAUCCUAUACCAUACUCAUCCACGUAUAGAAAUAUUUUGAACUCCUCUGUUAAUAGAAUCGCAAAUCCCAGACGAACAUUUCGAGGUACGAGUUAUGCGAACGAGAAUGAUAAUUACCUGGACCCAGUGCCGAAGAAUGCGGAUUCAAAUUACCUUGAUCCAGUGCCCUGCCAUCGAUAUUCUGAUUACCUUACGCCAUCACAAGGGGAAAUAUUCCCAAGAAUGAGUCUGCUGAAGAUUAUUUGGAACCACAUGCAUAAACUUUACCAUCACCACUGUGGACAAACAAAGUUUUGUUUUGAUGUUUUAAGGACACAGAGUGUGUUUCACAGCAGUAUUUUUAUUUCAACGCGAUAUCACCUCAACCAAGUACCAUUCUCUUCACUUUCAAGGAGUAAUUUCUGACAUAUUUUUCCCAAGAUAAAGAAUGCAUAUUACAAAUAUAAAUUGACAAACAAAAUCUUAACCUAUUGUCUUUUUAUUAUAAAAAUCGAUUAUUUUGCAAUUUAUUCCCAACGUGCGUGUAGAUAGUAUGUCAAUGGUCACGGGGAUGAUAUUGUGUUUAUGGUCUAUAUUUUAUACUCCGUUGAAUUGCUGGUAUGGUUCAAUUAACGUGAUGUCUAAAGUAUGCGCUACAAUUGUGUCGCUGGGAUGGUACAGCUUUUGUCUUGUUUAAAGUAUGCUGUAGUGGUGACACUGGAUGGUACAUUUAAUAUGGUGUCUACAGUUUGAUGUAGUGAUGGCAAUGAGUUGGUAAGGUUAUAUAGUGAAUAAAGAAUGCUACAGUUUUGUACUGAAAUUUCGAAUUCAAUUUUAAAGAAACAUGGACAUGAUUUUUGAUCGAUUGAUAUUCGUAGUUCUUUUUCACAGAAAUAAAGAUCACUUAUGAAUAAGUGGAAUAGAAUAUUUUAAAUAAGAUGUACCAUUUUAAAACAAAUGUGAUCCGGUUUCCCAAAAUCAUGUUUGCCAGUACGCUUUUCAUCACCGGGAAACAAUGUGCGGAGGUGAGAAGACCAAUAUUUUUCAAUAGCAUGUCAAACACAUUCAACAUUUCGACAUGCAAAAGAAAGAAUUAAAAAGAAAACAUUUUUCCACCGCAGCCGUCGACUUUUGUCCCUACUGGUUGUGUCACGAGACAUGUAAUCAUUAAUAGGGUUCAUGUGUAAAUAUUUGUAAUUUAGUUUUGUUGCUGUUCACCACGAAUCAAAUACUAUUAUUUAAAGGACACAACGCAUGUUUCUAAACUUUUUCAUUUUUUUCAGCAAAAUUAAUUCUUUUCAUGCUUAAAACUACUUUAAAUAUGUUUUAAAUGAAAUAUUUUGCGUAGUUUUCGAAUUUGAAAGCGAUGAAAUUCAAAUCUUGCGAUAUGCAUAUUUACUUUCGCUAUUUUACGCGCCAUUAUGUGUGACGUCAUAUGCGCCCUCGGGUUUUAAACAUCUAUUAGCCAUUCCAUAAACAGAUUAGAUUUAAUUGACAAAAAGAAUUAUCACGUUAACGACUUGUAAAUAAUAAUGCAUUAAUAUGUUUUGUGCCGUGCUCGGGUUUACUAGUUGUCGGUAGAAAAGAUUUAGACUGAGUAUUUUUCAAUUUUUCGAAGGAAGGUACGUGAAGAAAGAUGUGGAUAAUUUUUUGUUGGAGCAAUAACUUUACCUUAAAAAACAAACACCCAGUCACCUGUUCAAAAACAGCUUCGACAGAGACCCUGAUACACUGCGAAAAAAUGGAUAUAUCGAAGCUAUAAGCACUGGUAGGCCUACAGCAUACAUUCUGUUUUGGUCUUCAAAUUCGAUACACACUCGGAUCAACUUACCCUCACCUUGUAACAACAUAUAUAUAAUGUAACUUGUGAGUUUCUACCAACUGGCAGAUCAGAUUUACAAAAAUCUUAAUGAUACAAAAUAAUUGAACUUUUAAUUAGAUAAGUAAUAGAAUAUUUCAUUUCCCAACUUUAAAUUGAAUUAUAAAAUUAUAUCCUCAUUCAACUCGUAAAAUCUUUCAAGAGUGCGUCAGUAUAACGUCGUUCUCCGACUUCCUAACAACGUGCUGAUCACAAUUCAAAAAUAAUAAUAAGAUUGCUUUAUCAAAAUAAAAUAACGUGAUUCCCACUUUAAAUGUGAUUAUUUUUAUUGAUUUGUGUUUUUCUUUUUCUUUCUUUCCGAAAUGCACCCCUGACAGUAGCUUGGCCUAGGGCCUAGUUGUCAACAAUGUAAAGUAUUAUAAUUUGUCUAAUCCAAAAAUAAAUAAUGAUUGCACUGUUUAUUUUAGAAAAAAGGGCCAAUUACAGAUGUAUAAAGAAAUAACAUUACCAAACAGUUUGUAGACAGCGACCCAUAUAAACAUUAUUCACUCGAAAUAUUGCCAAUUUCAUACUCGCUUUCCCCGCUAUAUUAGGGUAUUUACAUCGCUAUUUGUAUGCACUGGUGGCGAAACACAUAAAACUCGGGAAAAUUUUCAACAUCGAUUUGAAUGUUGCCCAUAGUGAAUAAACUAGGCCCCUAAAAGCGGAGUUUUUAAUAAUAUCUCACAAUACUUUCACUGUACCACGUGACUACCUACCUAAUUACAUAUACUUGUUUGAAAUCGGGGCUUAGAUUUAAGUCAGUACUGUGGUUAAAUAUCGCAAAAUUUCAGAGAACGAACUAUUAGAAUUAGUUACUAUAAGCAUAAAGAAGACAAAAUGCAUGUAAUUUUGUAUACUUUGAAAACAUGACAUGUGUCCUUUUACAUUUGAAUAUCUACGGAAUAUUUGGCACCAGAAUCCUGUCGACGUCCCUUUAAAAAGAGCUGAUUAUUUUCAUCAUAACCCUAAAUAUUCCCCAGAGGCAGAUUUAAACUUGACUAUAAAGGUAGUUUACAUGAACUAAUAGUAAUCUCACAACUCCUAUAAGCAAUAUAAAAUAUAUAGGUCGGAAAACACGAACCCCUGGAUAUACCAGAGGUGGGAUCAAGGAGUAAGCACCUCCUGUCGACCGGUCGCAUCCGCGGUGAGCCCCAUAUCUUGAUCAAGUAAACAGAAUGAUCUGUAGUCGAAAUCAGUAGACAAAGAACUGCCUAACAGUCGGCAUGAAACACGUUAGACAAUAUUUAACCAGAUGAUAGGUUGUAUUGGCAAACUAGAUCGUUAUAACGACCAUAUAAUUUGCGAAAUGCUGACUUUAGAUGAGAUUGUCAAAGCAAUUGCACCAUCAAAUGACCAUACGCAGAACAAGAUCUUGCGUAUCGAAUCAGUUGAGAUAAAAAACACCAAUACAGGUGAUAAUGGAAUAUUACUACCUAAAUAUGGGAAGUUGACGAUGGAGAUGCUGAAAUCAUCCCGUUUGUCAUGAAGUUGAGUUUUUAGUUUGCUGUUGAUAUCUAUUUUCAAUAAAAUAUCUAAAUAUGAAGCAUAAGCGAACAACUUUGUCGAAUACGUUUUCUAAAGUAUUUUUAUUUAAUUCAUCUCUGGAAGAUAAGAGUGUUAAAUCACAUUCUCGUUUUCCGCUAUGCCAAAUUUUAAGGAAAGCUGAUGCUUUAGUCGAACAGACUCGAACAAAAAUGAACCCCAUUGCCAAAGUAUGCAGAGUACCAUUGAGUGAAACUGGUUAGGUACUUAUUAGAAGAUGUUGAAAAUGGUAGAUUUUGUGAAAUGCUUUCAGUACUUGGGUAUGUUAAGGCAGGUCCAGAAAAAAACUUGCUUGGUCAAAAUCCACGAAAAUGUGAUGUCAUAAUUGAAUUAUUGAUAUAAGUAUCUGAUUUUCUCUCUCUCAUACACACCGCGCACACACACACUCAGGCACACAUACACACAGAGACCCAGACAAUCAUUGGUGAUUAUAAGUGUUUGCUUGAAUGAAAGUGAUAUAAUCACACUUCAUGUACAUUUUAUUCCUACAUAAACGUUUUAGGAUUUGAUGAAGAUAAUAGUACAUAUGUAUAAAUUGUUUUGUAAUAAAAAGAGUUUCAUAAAGAGAGGGUUUUCUGGUUAUUUUGGUAAUAUGUGUUAAUGCACUUUUGUUUAAAUUGUUGAGUGUUUGAUGACUGUUUAAACUGUUCUGUGUGUAAUGACUGUUUACGAUGUUCAUUGUUUGAUGAUCGUUUAAAAUUUUCAGUGUUUGAUGAUUGUUAAAAUUGUUCAGUGUUUGAUUACUGUUUAAAUGUGUUAAUGCCCCCCCCCCUUUUUUUUUUAAUUAUUCAGUGUUUGAUGACUGUUUAAAAUUUUCAGUGUUUGAUGAUUGUUUGAAUUGUUCAGUGUUUGAUGACUGUUUAAAUGUGUUAAUACACAUUUGUUUAAGUUCUUCCGAGUUUGAUGACUGUUUAAGAUUUUCAGAGUUUGAUGACUGUUUAAGAUUUUCAGUGUUUGACGAUUGUUUAAAUUGUCCCGUGUUUGAUGAUUUUUUAAAAUGUUCAGUGUUUGAUGAUUGUUUAAAUUGUUCAGUGUUUGGUGAUUUUUUUUUAAAUUGUUCAGUGUUUGAUGACUGUUUAAAUUUUUAUAUUUUACCCCAUUUCAAGAAUGUGUAAAUUGUGUCUCAUUUUCGGACGGCAUAAGAUAGAGAACAACACGAACAAGCUACCAUAGUUAGAGUGAAGUGGAUGACAUGAAUUUCAUUGAUAAUGUACGUUUUUUUUCAACCGCAUAUAAUUUGGGAAAUUUUUCAAUGCCGAAUUACUACAUUCAUGAACCUCACGCUUCAUGUUCAUUUGAAUGAAAGAAUCGACAUAUAGAGAAACAGGAGAUAGAGAAUGGAGCUAUGGAAUAGAUUAAAAAUCUUCCUGAAUCGUAACUAGUCACAAGACACUGUGACGUCAACAUUGGUAUUUAAUGUGGUUCUGUGAAUCAUCGAAACAUAAAGGUCUGAUGGAGAUUUCAAUAAGUCCCAGUAUAAUGGAUAUAAGUCUUAAAUGCGUGUUUCUCAUAUUACAGAAUAAAGUUGAAGUAGGGGAA